AAGACCAACGCAUCACGGAGCGAAGCUUCCUUCAUUCAGCCCGCGCGUCCUUCUUUUUUUUCUCUUCUCCUUUCGACUCAUUGGAGACGGAUCGGCUGGCCAUAUCAAUUCCAUUACCGACUGAUUCAUCUUCUUUUCGUCUUUCCACUCUUUUCUCAGCCUCUCUUUAAACCCCUUUUCAUAUCGACCACCACUACUCGCCUUCACCAACGUCAUCACGCACCCCUCGGACUGCAGCCAAAAUGCCAAUAACAGUUCGCGCCCGCGAGGCGUAUCGCGCGGAUGAGAAGAAGAGCCAUACACUGCUCAGCGAGCAGGAACGAACCCGUCUUAUCAAAAACCAUCUGCCACCUGUCAACGAUCCGCCACCCGCUGCGAAGACUAAGAACCAACCCAAAUCACACCUCGGCGUCCGAAAGCUGUUCAAGACCAUUAUCUAUGUGUUUGUCUUUGGUCUCAUGACCAGCUUCUUUUCGUUAUACAUUCGAAUUCGUCAAGCAUGGAACGUGGUCCGCUAUCAGAUUUGCUCCAUCAUGUACUACCACCAUGGCACUCCAGAAUAUAUCCGCCGCGACAUUGAGGGUCUUCCGAAGAUGCCCAAACAUCUGAGCGCCAUUCUCCGAGCAGAGGUAGAUAAGAGACCCAAGGCGGAUUUGGAUCGUCUGAUUGAUGAGGCUGCCGAGCUUGCCACUUGGACCGCAUGUGCCGGAAUCCCUAUCCUUUCCAUUUACGAGAAGACUGGUAUCCUCAAGAAGCACACGCCCCAAGUCUACGAAGCUGUUAUUCAAAAGUUUGCCUUGUACUUUGGCCCCCAGCACCCGACUCUUUCUGUCAAGUCACCUCACAAGGAUGAGUACGCCUUGGAGUCGCUAAACUCGGGGUCCGCUGGCCAUUUGAAGCUUCACUUGAUUUCCGAGGAGGACGGCCGCGAGUCAAUUGUCGAUCUUACGCGAACCAUGGCCGACAUGUCCCAGAAGGGUAACCUGUCGCCCCGUGAUAUUUCCAUUGAGCUCGUCGACACAGAGCUGUCUGAUGGUAUUAUGCCCGAGCCCGAUCUGCUCAUUCUUUUCGGCCCAAAUGUCGAGCUCUCUGGAUAUCCUCCAUGGCAGAUUCGCUUGACCGAAAUCUUCUGCCUCAAGGACAACGAGGCCUUUGGCUACCAAGUGUUCUUGCGAGCGCUGCACAACUAUUCCGCUGCUCAAUUCCGCCGCGGUAAAUAAUCAUCUCGGGCUGGCUUCUCGAGACAAUAGUCUACUUAGUUUCGUUGCAUACUUUCAAUUUAGGCGUUCUCAUUCCCUCGCUUCCAUGGCUUCAUCUCCCGUGCUAU